AUGGCUUCUGGGGUUGCAGCAUGGCUGCCCUUUGCCAGGGCAGCUGCCAUCGGGUGGAUGCCUGUGGCCAACUGCCCCAUGCCACUAGCACCAGCUGAUAAGAACAAAAAACAAGAUGAGCUGAUUAUUCUCAAUGUAAGUGGUAGACGAUUCCAGACUUGGAGAACUACCUUGGAGAGGUAUCCGGACACUCUACUUGGGAGCACAGAAAAAGACUUUUUCUUUAAUGAGGAAACCAAGGAGUACUUUUUCGACCGUGACCCAGAAGUAUUUAGAAGCAUCUUGAACUUUUACAGAACUGGCAAGCUUCACUAUCCUAGGUAUGAAUGCAUCUCUUCAUAUGAUGAAGAACUGUCUUUCUAUGGUAUUCUGCCUGAGAUAAUUGGGGAUUGCUGCUAUGAAGAAUACAAAGACAGAAAAAGAGAAAAUGCUGAGAGAUUGAUGGAUGACAAUGAAUUUGAGAACAGUCAAGAAGCCAUGCCCUCCCUUAAUUUACGUCAAACUAUGUGGCGAGCCUUUGAAAAUCCCCAUACCAGCACUUUAGCCUUAGUAUUCUACUAUGUAACUGGCUUCUUUAUUGCAGUGUCGGUCAUCACCAAUGUGGUUGAGACUGUUCCCUGUGGCACUGUACCUGGAAAUAAGGAGCUUCCCUGUGGUGAAAGAUUUUCUGUAGCCUUCUUUUGCUUGGACACUGCCUGUGUCAUGAUUUUCACGGUUGAGUACCUCUUGAGACUCUUUGCUGCCCCAAGUCGCUACAGGUUCAUGCGUAGCGUCAUGAGCAUCAUUGAUGUAGUAGCAAUCAUGCCAUACUACAUUGGCUUGGUAAUGACAAAUAAUGAGGAUGUAAGUGGAGCUUUUGUCACCCUGCGUGUUUUCCGGGUCUUCAGAAUCUUCAAGUUUUCCCGUCACUCUCAGGGCUUAAGGAUCCUCGGAUACACCCUGAAGAGUUGUGCCUCUGAACUUGGAUUCCUUCUCUUCUCCUUGACCAUGGCAAUCAUUAUCUUUGCCACUGUGAUGUUUUAUGCUGAGAAAGGGUCAUCGUCUAGCAAGUUCACUAGCAUCCCUGCAUCCUUUUGGUAUACUAUUGUUACCAUGACAACUCUUGGAUAUGGUGAUAUGGUACCCAAGACUAUUGCUGGGAAAAUCUUUGGUUCCAUCUGCUCGUUAAGUGGUGUAUUGGUGAUUGCACUUCCUGUGCCGGUCAUAGUGUCAAACUUUAGUCGGAUCUACCACCAGAACCAACGAGCUGACAAAAGGCGAGCACAGAAGAAAGCAAGGCUUGCAAGAAUCAAGGUUGCAAAAACGGGGAGUUCUACUGCAUACCUGCAUAGCAAACGGAACGGCCUACUCAAUGAGGCCCUAGAACUUAUGGGAUCCAAUGAGGAAGAGCCGCACAUUGGAAAAACAACUUCUUUGAUAGAAAGUCAACAUCACCACCUACUGAACUGCCUGGAAAAGACAACUGGAUUGUCCUAUCUUGGGGAUGAUCCCCUGUUAUCUGUACGAUCUUCCACCAUCAAGAACCAUGAGUUUAUGGAUGAGCAGAUGUUUGAGCAGAACUGCAGAGAGAGCUCUAUGCAGAAUUACCCAUCUAGCCGCAGCCCAUCUCUCUCCAGUCACCACGGGCUUACCUCAUCAUGCUGUUCCCGCCGCAACAAGAAGACAACUCACCUUCCCAACUCCAACGUGCCAGCUACGAGGCUUCGCAGCAUGCAAGAGCUCAGUACUAUCCACAUCCAGUGCAGUGAUCAUCCAUCUCUUACCACCAGCCGUUCUAGUCUAAACAUGAAGUCAGAUGACGGCUUGAGAUCAAACUGCCAAGCUUCCCAGAUAACAACGGCAAUUAUUAGCAUACCAACGCCACCAGCUUUGACUCCAGAAGGGGAGACCAGGCCUCCAAGUCCACCUCAGCGCUCCACAAACAUUCACAGUACCAGCAACAUUGUUAAAGUGUCUGCAUUAUAAGACACUAUUAUACUAGCAAAUCAAAGCAGCCGUACCAUUUCCUUUUUUGCUGCAAACUAGUGGAAUUAGCAGUGAAGGGACAAGCUUCCGCUAAACUUGCCAUUUACCACCAUGGAGUAGAU